GGGGGAGGCAGUGCGAGCCAGCCUCGACUGCUCCUCCUCUUCCUCCUCCUCCAAACUCGCAGGGCUCAGCCCCAGCGCUCGCUCAGCCGCCGGGAGCACCCAGAGGGACGCGAGGCAGCCGCGCGGCCCCGAGCUGGGCAGGGUCCCCAGCCGCCAUGGAUAGCGACGAUGAGAUGGUGGAGGAAGCGGUGGAAGGGCACCUGGACGACGAUGGAUUACCGCACGGCUUCUGCACAGUCACCUACUCCUCCACGGACAGAUUCGAGGGCAACUUCAUUCACGGAGAAAAGAAUGGACGGGGCAAGUUCUUCUUCUUUGAUGGCAGCACCCUGGAGGGAUAUUACGUGGACGAUGCCCUGCAGGGGCAGGGAGUUUACACUUACGAGGACGGAGGCGUUCUCCAGGGCACGUAUGUAGACGGAGAGCUGAAUGGACCGGCCCAGGAGUACGACACAGAUGGGAGACUCAUCUUCAAGGGACAAUAUAAAGAUAACAUUCGGCAUGGAGUGUGCUGGAUAUACUACCCAGGACUGAUCUCAGACUUUUCGUCUGAGACAUUAAUUUGGGUUUUGAUGGUAUUAAAAGAAAGAAAGAAUGAGAACCUGGUAACCAUUGGUGCGGUGUACCACUUUGAUAAGUCAACUUCAUCUUGCAUUUCUUCCAAUGCUCUUCUUCCAGACCCGUAUGAAUCAGAGAGGGUUUAUGUUGCUGAAUCUCUCAUUUCCAGUGCUGGAGAAGGACUGUUUUCAAAAGUAGCUGCGGGACCCAAUACUGUUAUGUCUUUUUACAAUGGAGUCCGAAUUACACACCAAGAGGUCGACAGCAGGGACUGGGCUCUCAAUGGGAACACCCUCUCCCUUGACGAGGAAACGGUCAUUGAUGUGCCUGAGCCCUACAACCACGUAUCCAAGUACUGUGCCUCCUUGGGACACAAGGCAAAUCACUCCUUCACUCCAAACUGUAUCUAUGACAUGUUUGUCCACCCCAGGUUCGGGCCCAUCAAAUGCAUCCGCACCCUCCGAGCCGUGGAGGCCGACGAGGAACUCACCGUUGCCUACGGCUACGACCACAGUCCCCCAGGGAAGAGUGGGCCAGAAGCUCCCGAGUGGUACCAGGUGGAGUUGAAGGCCUUCCAGGCCACCCAGCAGAAGUGAAAGGCCUGGCUCCGGGCUGCAGGGGACCUGGAACAGAAACUUGGAUCUAUGCACUACGUUUAUCCGACAACGGGACAACCAGGGACUGCUCAUGCUGUGACAUCACACCCUCUCACUCUGCGUUCGCUCCGACUUUCUCGAAUACUAACUAGGUCUGACUGUAUUACUCAUACCAGAUUUAAAAUUAGCUAGCCUCGAAACAACGCCCUCCCGAGAGGUACUGUCGCACACUUGACAGAAGACAGCAUGAUGUUCUUGGGUGGUUCAAGUCUAAAUCUGUACCACUUCAGAGAUGCCAAAUGAUUAGACUGAAAAAAGGGGAAAAAAGGGGGUUUUUUCAGUCAUUUUUAGUCAGUGGUUUUUCCAUGAGGUUUAUUUCUAUGGCCAAUGCAAAUUGUUCUGUCACACUUGCAUAUGCGCCAUAUGAAGGGGAGAAUUACUACAUUUUUAUUCUCUAAAUGUAGUAUAAUUUGCCUUUUAACCUUUGAUCUGUCUCUUGCAAUAGAAUGGCCUUGUUUUUUCCCCCUAGCGAACAGAACCCCACUUUUUGAGUCUGUUCACCCCUUAGUCUUCUUCUCUCUCUUAGGUAUCUUUCACGACAGAAAACUUCCAAACAGAUUUUGUGUCAGCGCCAGUGUGUAGGUCUCUCUGGCUCUUUCUAUCGAUCUGUCAUUGUUUCAUUAUUAUGUCCUAGUAUAAAGACCUGGCUCCUAGGGCCAGGCUAUUAUUAUAGAAUUAUUAUUCUCGCAUGUAAACAAAGAUAUCUUUGCUUUAAGAUGUGAGAAGAAAUGAAUUUACUUUGUUUGCAUUAAGUUAUGGAAGAGUUGUAAUAUAUACUUUAAGAAAGAAGAGAUGGAAAUUAGUAUUUCUAAGCAGUAACUGUGGCAAUUUUGCAGUAUCUUCAAUAGUGCUAGUCAUUUUUUUUCUCCUUGGGUACACAUUAAAUGUACAUAACGUAGAGCAGUCUGGCUUGUGGCACAGUGCAUUGGAUUCAAAAGUCAAAUAGCAAACUUGAAUUCUAAUCCAGAAUUCGAAAUUCCUUUGUUUUGUUUCUUUCUAAAUCGCUACUAUUAAGAGAGACGUACUGAUCACUAGGUACACAUCAAACCUUAACCGCUAAAACUCUUCAUCAUUGUAAUUUCAAAGCAUUUACCUGCUUCAAAGCCUUGUGAAUUAAGAUUAACACCUGUAUAGUUUAAAAGCAACAGUAUCAAUAGCAUUUCAGUCAUUUUGCUAGCCAUGUGUAAUCACAACUGCAGAAAUAAGGAGAAAACCCCCUGUUUUUUAGUUUAGCUAAUUAGGUAUGUAAUUUAACUGGGAUUGCUCUGAAUGAAUUCUGAGAGUUUGGGGGUUAUGGCAAGCGCCCUCGCCACAUGCCACAGCUAUGCCUUCCCUAGAUGCCUCACUGUGGAGCUGGGCGAUCUAGAGAUUAGUGUUUGUUCCAAGUCGCAGCUGUCAGCGAAGCACCUGUCACCAAGUCAGUCUGGUCUUGAAAGCUGAAGCCUUCCACUCUCCUGUAGCUCCUGUAACUAGGGAAGGCUCAGAAAGCAGAAAAGAAACAGGCAGGAGGAAGUUUGCUAUUUUGUGUCAGUUACACAUGCUCUGGGAAGAACUUCACAGAAGUGCUUGAUCCAGGGGCUGCUCACAACUUUCAGUUUUGGCAGUUUGCUCCAGGCACAGGAUUCAGCCUUUCCCUUGGCCAGGCUUUCCCAGAGCCCCUGUGUCCCUGGCAGAGCAGCUAAGUGGCCUUGGUUUCAGGGAGAUAUGCUGCUGGUUCACUUGUGAGAAGUUCUGAGGGCUGCCAGAAAGAUCUUCCUUGAAGGGAACUGAAAAGUUUUCAGAUUAAAAGGCACCAGGAUAGGAUCGCUUCUAUUCUGUAGAAAGAGACCGUUCAGUAAACUGUGACAGACGGAUGAGGUCUUGGGACUUGUAUUCCGACAGGUGCUUUCAUUCAAACGUGUCCCAAAGUGAGUGAUUGUCUCCAGAGAAAGAUGGCUUGAACUACUCCUGGUCAGUGGGGUUGGGAGUGAGGUCAGGGGGAGAUCUGGCAAGGACUUGAGGCUGCCGUGGGGUAUAAUUUCUAUACCAAUGGGCUACCCCCUUCAAAUGGAAUUUCUCUUUUCUUUUGAUAAAAGUGAUCGACUUAAAUGGUAGUGAUUAACCAGCACAAACCCAUUUUUCAGAUGAGAUCGUGAAUGUCAACACUUUGAGUUCAGAGUCUUGCAAUGUGUUUGUGACGUUCAGACACAUCAGAGGAGGCGGUACCCCAAGCUCAGCCUCUGCAUCUCCGGCUCUUCUUUCUCCUGCCCUCCCCUUUCUUCUCUCUCUGUCGACUGUGAGAACGCCCCGGUGUGCCUACAUAACAACCUUCCAGCUGAUCCCUCCCUCCUGCUCCCUCUGUCCCGCGUCUCCUGCCUCUGUGUGCGCCCCCGGAGCGCAGUCUGUCUGUCUUUCCCUUCAGGAGUACCUCUCUCCAUCGCUCUGCAUCCAUGUCUGAAUCUACUGCUCCUGCUGUCCCCUGCCCUCCCCCGACACACUCCUCAAUGCAAGACUUCGUCACAGGGUGGGGUCAGAGGGCGCCUUAAGACUCACUGUGUUCUGCAGGUAGACAAACCGUUAAGGGGACUGGGGUCCCCUGAGGAAUGAACUGCCGAGGGAAUAAGGGUGUUUUUUUCCCUGUUUGAGCCAAAGCUGAGGGAUGUAUUUUUCUACUGAAUCUUGAUAUCCGCUGUGGAGGGAACUGUGUCAGGAAGCAGGUAGUUUCAUGAGCAACAGCACAGAAACGUGGAAGAAUCCGUGUAGUGGGGAUAGAGGAGUAACUUUCUGGCUCCCCCAAAAGCGCCAGCGCUGAGAUGGGUGUGUGAUGCCAUGGUCCCCAGGAGAUUCGCUCAGAGCCAUCUCAGCCCAAGCCCUGCAUGACUAGAUCUUUCCUUAGCAGCUUUUCUAUGACAAAAUAUUAUCUUGUGUUAGAGUUAGGAAUAGGAACUAAUCUGUAGGAGUAUGUCCCCAAAUGGGCAUGUGAAUGGACUCAGAAAAAAAAACAAACGUAAGGACUGAAUUUCUGGAAAAGGAAUGAUGAGAUUAAAAAGCUACUGGCAUGGAAGACUUGAGUUUUGCAGUACCUAUUCUUAUUUUAACCUGCUUCAUCCCUGGUCUGCCUGAGAAACUGAGAAGAAAAUUUGUUGUUGAAGACCCCUUUGAACCUGUCUGAGGCUGUCUUUAAACUUAUCUGCCCUCUGGGGGUUCUUCACACUUGAAAAACAAUUUCCUCAUCACCAACAACCUAAAAAAGGCCAGCGUGAAGGCCAAGUGUAACCAUUGACAAUAUUUAGUUGUAACCAUAAAAUUGCAGUAACUGUGAACAGUGAGUUCAAGGGUUGUCUUCUCCGUGAGUCGUAUGUGGCACUUUAGUAACUUUCCUUUAAUCUAUGAAAUUUUAAAUCACUCACUGCAAACUGCAUUUAAGAUCUUCCAGGAAGGUAUCAUUUUUCUGUUGUGCUUUGUUUUAAAACAGUUGCCUCAAGUUUCUGUCUUAAGAGUAGUGAUUUAGAAUCCAGACAUCUUCUGUUUUAGAAAAACAAGCAAAACUAUGUUGCAAGACCGAUAGUGGUAUUGUUUAUUUGCCGCAGAUCAAAGGUUCACAAAAUAUAUGAAAUUUUUACAUCUACUUGAGGUACCUUGAUAGAUUUUCUUUUUUUUCUUUUCUUUCAGGAAUUUGGAACUUUGGUGUCUUUUUGUUUUAAAAAUACUAAAUUGUUACGGUUUUAUUUUGCCAAAUGUGUGCAGACAUAUUCAAAGCAAUGAAAACUAUUUCAAGCCAUACAACCACAGGGAUGGAAACCCUUUUCACAAAUUUUAAUGUGUUUGUAUGUAAAUAGAUGUUUGUAUGAACUAUUUUCAUGGUAGAAUGAAUAUAUUUAAAUGAAGUUGAAUUAUUCCAGUGCUAUUUAAACAAAUUGCAAAAAUUUUUGGUGAGAAUCCUCUGAGUCUAUUGAGAUACAAUGCAGAUCAAUUUUGAUUUUUAAAGAAUCAAAAGCCUACAAAUAACUCUGACGCGUGGCAACUUCCCCGCUUUGUUGCCGCUGACGUGGAGAGAGCUCGUAGGCUUCCCCAGUGCCUCAGCCGCUUCCUGGUGGAAGUUAGGUGCUCGUGGAGUUGUGUCCACCCUUUUGUGACAUCACUCCAGGCCUUCGGGGGCCGGGGAGUGACUCAGAGGCAUUAGAGACACCGGUGCAGUUAUCUGGAGCACAAUUUCUUUGCAGGGCAGCAGAAUCAGAAGGCAGACGUGGCCGUGGGAACCUUGGAACGGGUUUUCUGGCCGCCAUCCACCGCCACCUUACUGCCUAGUCACACACGUCAGGGAGGCUGCCCUGAGCGGAGUUGGGGUUCAGAUCCCCCGGGUGGGGCUUCACGGUUUUGCCAGCAGUCCCUGCCUCCGGGCCUUCACCUCGAGAGAGGAUGGAGGCGGGUCCUGCUGGCAAGGCGGGGCCCAUUUCCCAGCACAGUCCACUUCUGUCUCGGCUCUGGGCGACUAUGCACCCAAGCCCCGAACUUUCCACCAGAGAGAGACAUCCUUGGAUAACGCAGAUCAUUGCUUCCUCUGUCUGUGACUUGACGCACCGUUGUUGGAAGUCGUUUUAACAUCAAGACCAGUCACCUCCCUAGGACACACCUCCCAACUGCCCGACUCUUACUAGAACACUCCUUUAUAAUCAUAGUCAACUUGAGUGGGUUUGGUUUUUCUCCACUUUGGUCCUGGAUGAAAUGAAAUUAUAAAUAUGAUGACAGAUUUUCACUGUGUAUACUAGCAAUAUGUACACACGUACUGAUGUAUCUUAAUAUACAACUUGGUUACAUUUUGGAUGACUGUCAUUCAUCUCGAUUCAUGCGUUGGGAAACUACAGGGACUACGUAGUGUCUGCUUAUCAUAGAAGAGAGUUGGGUUCAUGGUUCUGAGCUCCCUACUUCAAGAGUUUUUUCUCCUGCGUUUUCUGUGUUCUCUUUUUAUCCUGAAACAAAUCGAUUAGGUUGUGAGGUAUGUUUAAGGAUUGGAAGCCAAGGGAAUGCUUUCAGCAUUUAUUGAAACCAAAAGUUAACCUCAUCACAGUUAAUGAGCAUCUUUGAUUGGUCUUUUGUGGAAUUUGAACUAAAUCUAUGAGCCUUAUUCAAUAUCUAUAAUUCUAUGGUUUUUUUAAAUUAUGGGAAAUUAAUGAAAGAUGUUUACAUGAAUAAUGUUUGCCCUUACUGUGUUAUGAAUGAGUUUUUUGUAGUGUGUCUGGGUGCAUGUGCAAGAGAGUAGGAAAAAUGUUUCUGAAACAAAACUUGACAAAUAUUUGUAAUGAGAAGUCAAUUUAAAGAUUGCUAUAAUUGCGCUAUAGAAACAAUGCAAGUAUUAAACAAAAUAUACAAUCA